AUGGGUUCAUUUGAUGGCCAGUGUCAUGGUCGAAACGAAGAAGACUUUGUUCUAUACCCGGACAAACACUUGGACCCAUCCGAAGUCCAGAAGACCUGCGAGAUCUAG